GCGGAUGAUUGCUUCAUUACUUUCGUACUCUUCUUUAAAAAUCCGUCUCUGGAGCCUUGCUGUCACAGUACUCACCUCUUGCUCUUGGCUGCAGGAAUGACCGAGGCUGCAAUUUAUCCUGCGUUUCAGCUCGGACAGCCGCGCUAUGAUCAGAGCUCCUUCCUUGGCAGGUUCAGACACUUUGUAGACGUCAUCGACCCCAGAACUCUUUUUGUAUCAGAGGCUCACUUAAAGCAAUGUGUUGCUCUCCUGGAUGAUUUUAAAGAUGGGACUCUUCCUCCUGGAACAACGGAUCAACAGCUCUGGGAGGCUCAGAAGGUGAAACAGGCUAUUAUUCACCCUGACACUGGACAGAAGAUCUUUAUGCCUUUUCGCAUGUCAGGUUAUGUUCCAUUUGGAACACCCAUAGUGGUUGGCCUUCUGCUCCCAAACCAGACUCUGGCAUCCACUGUGUUCUGGCAGUGGUUAAACCAGAGCCAUAACGCUUGUGUGAACUACGCCAACCGCAAUGCCACAAAGCCCACGCCAACAUCCAGAUUUAUUCAGGGCUACCUGGGAGCUGUGACAAGUGCUGUUUCGAUUGCGGUUGGUCUGAAUGUGCUUCUAGAGAAAUCCAGGAAAUUUAACCCAGCCACCAGGCUCAUCAUACAGAGAUUCAUUCCUUUCCCUGCUGUAGCUAGUGCAAAUAUAUGCAAUGUGGCUCUCAUGAGACACAACGAACUCGCCGAGGGAAUCGAUGUGCUAGACUCUAAUGGGAAUGUAGUGGGCUCUUCGCGGAUAGCAGCCAAACAUGCACUGAUGGAGACAGCGUUUACACGAGUGGUCCUGCCACUGCCUAUAUUUGUUCUCCCACCUAUCAUCAUGGCCUUUGUGGAGAAGCUGCCGCUGAUGCAGGCCCAUCGCCGGUUCAGGCUGCCUGUCCACAGCUUCGUGUGCCUGGCCGUGUUCGGUCUCUCUCUGCCUCUCGCCAUCAGCCUGUUCCCACAGAUGUCUCAAAUUGAAGCUUCUCACCUUGAGCCAGAAAUCGCCAUGGCAACCGAUUGCAAGGUGCUGACCUAUAACAAGGGACUGUGAAGAAAGCAAAGAAAGAGAAACGCACAAAAAAGAGGAAAGGAAGCAGAAGACAAAUUAUUCAUUUUAAGCAGCUGUGCAUGUUCAUGUAACAAGGCCAGUGCAAUGGAGUUGGGAAAGGAUCAUACUGUAGCAUAAGAGCAAUAAUUACAUCAUUUUAACUGCAUUACCGUAACAUUCAAGUCAUUAAUCUGUAUUGCAAUUAAUAAUAUAUGACAAUACUGUAUCUAGUUUACAGUAUGCAAUAGUUCGUGUUGCACAGGCUUUGUUGCAGAAGGCCAACUCACAAAUGAAAUGAUUCUGUUGUAAUUUAGCUGAUAAGCAUUUUUAUUACUUUUAGAUUAAUGGAAGAUUAAUAGAAGCAGUGGUUGACUGGGGCUUUUUCAAAGUAUGUAUGUAUGCGUGUGCGCACUGGUGUUUUGUGAAAGUGUGAAUACACAAAGAAACAGCUUUUAAUCCCCCCCCCUCCCCAAGUCACCAAUGUGUUCUAUUAGCCUACUUUCACAUACUCAAAACACCAGACACUCUGAGUUAUAUUAGAUUGAAUCUUAACUAACAGUAUCAGGAAGCCAUGGUCUAAUGGUUAGAGAAGCUGCUUUGGGACCAAAAGGUUGCCAGUUUGAUUCCCUGGACCAGCAGGAAUGGCUGAAGUGCCCUUGAGCAAGGCACCUAACCCCCAACUGCUCCCUAGGCUGCUCUGGGUAUGUUGUAUUGGAUAAAAGCGGCUGCUAAAUGCCAUUAAUGUAAUGUAAUAUUGGUUAAAGAAGGGGUCUGACAGUUAACACUCAUCACAGUACUGAAAAUCAACAACUGUGCCACCCUGUCUUAACAAAAAUUGUACAGUGUGAGCUUCAUGCAGCUGGAAUUCAUGACAGGGCUUCUCUUCAGAAACAUUUUGUAUUAAACCCCAGUGUGCAUAUGGAUAACUUGUGUUCUACAGCAGUAGAGGUACAAUUAUUAAUGCAAAAUCCUUAUGAACAUGUUAAACUUGGAUUUUUAGAUACGAGACAACUGUGAAAUUUUUUCUAGUAUCAAGUUUUAGUUGAUUCGUCACAUAGUUCUUGACGGGGGAGGAAUUCAGGGCAAGGCCCCAACAGAUUUUCAACCCCUUUGAAUUUUUUUUUUUUAAUACAUCAAAUGCCCUUCCUGAUGCAAUCCUCCUCAAUCUAUCUGGGCUUGGGACCGGCGCAAAGUAUGCACUGGCUUGUGUAUUUUUACCUUAUCGGCAGGUCUUAGUUCAACGACAUGCUGUUCAAUCUUUGAACCAGAGUACCCUAAGGAAACCUACACAGACACGAACAUGCAAACUCCACAGAGAAAUGCCCCCUUCAGCUGUGAGGUUCGAACCCAGAACCUUCUUGCUGUGAGGCUGUCGGUGCUAACCACUGCACCACCAUGUUUAAUUAUCUUAUAGCAACCUUGAAGAUGCACAAAGGAUUUCUAAUUAUUCUACAUUUAUGCAGUCCAGAAACUUCACUUACUUUUAAGUUUAAAUAAUGCCUCCUUUUAUUUUUUUGUUUGUUUUGUAUCCUUUGUAAUGCUUGUGUGUUGCUCACUGUCGCUUUGUAACACUCCCUAUAACUUUGCAACUGACAAUGUUUUGCAUUGAUAUUUCUACUGGUGUCAAGAACAUUUCCCUUUAUGCGAACUGUGAUUUUAAGAAUGUGAGAGUUUCUUCAUCCUAUGGUUUUUUUUUUUUUUUUUGGGGGGCACUUACUGUAACACUGAAAAUCAGGUUCUUUAAUAACAAAAUAUUGACAUAUUUAAGGGGCUAAAACCCUGUUGUUUUUUGCUUCUUGUUCUUUUAUGUACUUUUUCCUUUUGUAUAACCGCCUCCAACAAGUUGGUAAUGUUUUUGCCUCCGUUUGUUUGCCUGUUCCCAACGUAACUCAAAGUAGUGAGCGAAUUUUGAUAAAUUUUUAUUAAAGGUGGGCCAUGGGCCAAGUGGUUAGAUUUUGAUGCAAAUCUGGAUGUGUAUAUGGAUUCAGGAUUUUUUUUGGGGGGUCAUCUGUUCCCAAUGUAACUCAAAAAGUAGUGAAUGUAUUGUGGUGUACAGCUUUAGUCAAGUGAUUUGAUUUUUAUGUUGAUAAUAUACAGCUUGGCAGAGGUAUACUCUCUACCGAGUACCCUUCU